AUGCCCUUCGGCGACAGCAUAACGGAAAUAAUCUGCUGGCGCUCCAAACUCUGGCAACGCCUCCAAACCACGCCCUUCAAUUCCUCCACCGUAAACUUUGUCGGCAGCGGCAAAACCGAAAACAACUGCGGCGACACAACCUACGACCGCGACAACGAAGGCCACUCUGGUUUCCUCGCUAUUGACAUUGCGAAUAAAGGGCAGCUGGAUGGGUGGCUGAAGACGAAUCCCGCGGACGUGAUCACGAUGCAUUUGGGUACGAAUGAUAUUGUGCAGCAGAAUAAGGCGGUGGGGGAUAUUAUUAAGGCGUUUGGGACGUUGGUGGGGAGUAUGAGGGCGGCGAAUCCGAGGAUGAAGAUUGUGGUCGCGCAAAUCAUCCCCAUGGGCUUCGGCAACUAUAACACCAAGAUUCAAGAUCUGAACCGCGCCAUUGUGCCGUGGGCUCAGGGUCUCAAUACGACGGAAAGCCCGAUCUGGGUUGUGGACCAGUACGCGGGUUUUAGUGGAACGGCGGACUUGAGGGAUGGGAUACAUCCCAAUGAUAGUGGGGAUGUCAAGAUGGCCAAUGUGUGGUUUCCGGCGGUUGUCAAGGCUUUUGAAGCGGUGAGGGCGGAUAGGGGCACAGCAGUUGGUAUGGUUGAGAGGGAGUUUGCUGGACAAGAACUCGUCGCCUGGUUGAACAACCUCCUCCAGCUCAACAUCACCAAAGUCGAACAAUGCGGUACCGGAGCAGCGCUGUGCCAAGUCUUCGACAGCAUAUUCUACGAUGUGCCCAUGUCGCGAGUCAAGUUCAAUGCGAACACUGAGUACGCAUACCUGCAGAAUUUCAAGGUAUUACAGAACACGUUCGCCAAGCACCAUGUCGACAAGCCCAUCCGCGUCGAGUCGCUCGUAAAGUGCAAGAUGCAGGACAACCUCGAGUUCCUCCAAUUCGUCAAGCAGUACUGGGACCAGCAUUUCCCCGGCCACGAGUACGACCCCGUUGCCCGUCGCAAGGGUCAGGGUGGUGUCGCGACCGGAGCCACACCUGCACCCCGCGCCGCAGCAUCGACUGCCCGAAGAGCACCAGCUGCUAGCAACACGGCUGCGCCUAGGACACGCACACCGCUUGCAUCCGGGGGAGGAGCCGCCAGUGCCGCUCUGCGCGAGGAAAACAGCGCCCUCAAGGAGACUGUCACGGGCCUCGAGCGCGAGAGGGACUUUUACUUCAGCAAGCUGCGCGACAUCGAACUGCUGAUUCAGCAAGCAAUGGAGGCCGACCCUGAGCUUGAGAAGGAUGAGGGGCUGCUCAAGCAGAUCCAAAACAUUCUCUACUCCACCGAAGAGGGCUUCGAGAUCCCACCAGAGGCUGAGGGCGAGGGUGCGGAGGAGGAGACGUUCUAG